ACAAAUCCGCAUCGCUCGCCUACGACGUUACCCUACAACUAUUUCAUUAUUCCUCUCUCCGACCCCGACCCCGACCCCGACCAUGAACCGCCGUUGAUUCUGACCUCUCUCCUUUGCAGCCUCAGUUUCAGAAUCAGAAAAUAUCGUACGUAGGUUUUGGUUUAAGAAACGGAGUAUUAGAAGAUGAUAAAACGAUCCAGCAAUUGCGCAAUUUGCGAGAAUACAAAUCGUGCCUCUAUCUGCAGCGUUUGCGUUAAUCAUAGAUUGAUUGAGUAUAAUACUUUGUUAAAGUCACUAAAGACUCGAAGAGAUUCUUUGUGUUCAAAGCUGAGUGAGCUAUUGGAAGCUAAGGGAAAAGCUGAUGAUCAGAAGAAUUGGAGACUGCUUCAAAACGAGAAGCUUUCAAACUUGAAGAAUAAUCUUCGGCGCAACAAGGAGCAACUAACUCAUGGAAAAGCGAAGAUUGAAAGAGAAUCUCGUGAUCUCAAACUUAAAUAUGGGGUUCUUGAUUCAGCUCGCUCCACGCUAGAAAAGAUUAGAGUUGAGCAAGUGGAAAAGUAUUUUCCUAAUCUAAUAUGUACGCAGAGCCUUGGCCAUAUGGCAAUUUCAUCUGAGCGACUUCACAAGCAGUCUGUGGUUGUCAAGCAAAUAUGCAAAUUGUUCCCUCAACGCCAAGUUGGCUUUGAGGGAGAGAUUCAAAACGGUUCCGGUGGUCCGUUUAACCUCAUUUGCAAUUCACGUCUCCCUAAAGGUCUGGAUCCUCAUUCCAUCCCAUCAGAAGAACUUGCUGCCUCUUUGGGGUUGAUGGUCCAGCUUCUGAACCUUGUUGUUCACAACCUAGCCGCUCCUGCACUCCAUAGCUCAGGUUUUGCGGGCUCUUGCUCCCGUAUAUGGCAACGAAAUUCGUAUUGGGACGCACGUCCUUCUACUCGAAGCAAUGAGUAUCCUCUCUUCAUACCUCGCCAGAAUUAUUGUACGACAAGCGUUGAAAACUCAUGGACAGAUAAAAACUCCAGCAAUUUUGGUAUUGCUUCCAUGGAUUCAGAUAGGAAAGAAGCGCGUCUGGAGUCUACAGGAAGAAACAGCUUUAAUUACUCCUCUGCUUCUCCUCACUCCGUUGAGUCACACAGAGAUCUACAGAAAGGGAUUGCUCUUCUCAAGAAAAGCGUUGCCUGCUUGACAGCGUAUUGUUACAAUUCACUUUCCCUCGAAGUUCCUCCCGAGACCUCAACCUUUGAAGCUUUUGCCAAGUUAUUGGCCACGCUCUCGUCAUCCAAGGAGGUCCGGUCUGUUUUCUCCCUGAAAAUGGCUUCCUCUAGAUCAUGCAAGAAGGCUCAACAACUCAACAAGUCCAUUUGGAACGCUCACUCUGUCAUCUCAAGCUCCAUACUUGAGAGUGCCCAUCUUCCGAGGAACACAAUUUAUAACCAUGGUACGAACUCAACAGCUAGUUACCUCUCUGCAACUGAGUCAUCAGAGACCCGGAAGAACAACGAUAUGAACGGAUGGGAUCUGGUAGAGCAUCCAAAGUACCCGCCACCACCAUCGCAGUCUGAGGACGUUGAACACUGGACGCGUGCUAUGUUUAUCGAUGCCAAGAAAAAAUGAAAGGUUGAUUCUUGUUGUGUUGAAUGAUAUGCGAAAACUUCUGUAAAUAUUGUCUUACAAUGUACAUAAAACACAGAGCAUCGGUAGAUUCUAUCUCAACCGAACAAGACCUAAACGAAGACAAAUCUUAGCAUUAUGCUAUUAAUUAUUUUUUGAACUCCUUACCGGUAAUAGUUCUAAACUUUUAAUA